ACACAAAAAAAUGCUUUUAUUUAUUUAUAACGAAGGAAAACUGGUUAUUCUGCUCAUUUAGCAUGUAUUAACAAUCUUGGUUUACAAAAUACAAGUCAACAGGUGUUUGUUUGUGGAUAGUGAGUUAUAUUUGUGCAUAUUUGUUAAGGAUCAUAUGGGGAUGGGGGGAGGCAUUGUACGGUACCAUAUAAUUAACACGAUCACAAAGUAGUCUAAAAAUAAUGUUUCCGACAUUUAACUCGGUUUGUGUGACAUCACCUUGACAACGGCGGGACACGAGGCUACUCUCCGGAGAAGCAGCAGACCGGGACGGGAGAUCUGGCACGGAGCGGGCACUACUCUCCGUGCUGCAAAGCAACCGGGGCUCAAACCGGGGCUAAAUCCUACCACAUGCCUGUCAAGGACAGUGGUGCAGCCGGUCUGAUCGUGUUCCACACGUCUGGUCUCCUCACAUCUACGGUACCCAGCGGAGUAUGGAGAAGUGUCAGGAAGACCGGCCGAAGAGGAAGAGGAGGAGAGAAGAGGAGGAGUGAGGUGUGGCUUCCUGGACCUCCCAGAGGGCCGUGGGUAGACUGGCUCUCUCACACCUCCUUCAGGAGGCUGCAGGUCAAGUUAGAAUCUGAGAACCAAGAAGCUAGAGCCAUCACCCAGCCCCUACUGGACACAGAGAAUGGCUUUGUCAAGGACCUGGAGCGUUAUCUGUGCCAACAGGAAAGGGCGGAGCUUCGUAAGCGAGAGCUGCUCCAUAAGCGUUGGACGGAGCGUGUGUGGACCCCUAUUCAGAGGAGCGUGGAGAACCAAGUGCCCCACUGCUGCUAUGACGAGGCAGAGAGGAUACGCAGCAUGUUCCUGAACUACAUACACUACUGUAACUCAAAGGUUGCCACACCUGCGUCGAUGGACCCACUGUUCCUUCAAUCACGUGACGGGACAAAGGAAAAGAGGGCGGUCCUACGCUGUCAGACAGGGCCGCCCAGAUUAUAGCCACGGUCACACCUGACGGGAGAUGUCUACAGACAGCUUGCUGGUCCUACAGGGCAUAACAACACCUGACGGGAGAUGUCUACAGACACCUGGCUGGUCCUUCAGAGGAUAAUGACUAUUAAACAGGGCUUGAGAGCACAGCGUUCUGUAGUGUGGCGUCACUGUUGGGAAAUAUAAACAGCAGCAUACACUAGAUGCAGGUAUUCAAUCAGCUCUUCGUCGACAAGGGUAAUUCAUGCUUGAGCAGACAUUGUUUACUGAAAACCAUGUAUUUGAUACCAUUCCUCCCAAUUAAAGGUGACACCAAUCUCCUGUGCUGUACCCAACACUUACAA